GUAGAUGCAAGCAAGACUGGCGCGGGGCCCUUCCCCCUCUUUGACUAACCAAGCUGCCGGUGCUGCUUGCUAGCGACCCCGACCCCGCACCGGAAUCCAGCCAGCGGCCCCGCCUGACCCUCCCCUUCCCCGCACCUUCCUCCGCCGUCUCCCCUCCUCCCCACGGACUCGCUGCUCCGCCUCGCCGCGAUCCAGCCCGCCCGCCCCGGUUCCCUUCCCUGCUCGAUCCCGUCCGUCCCGGCGGCGGCUGGUCCGGCUGCCGGCGCCAUGGCGAGCGGCGACGAGCGGGCGCCGGCGGAGGCCGAGCCGCUGGAGCUCGUGCUGUUCCAGGUCGCCGAGUGCUACGUCUACUUGAUACCUCCUAGGAUGACGGCGGCCUCAUACAGGGCGGAUGAGUGGAAUGUCAACAAAUGGGCGUGGGAAGGGGUGCUCAAGGUUGCCAGCAAGGAAGAAGAAUGCAUCAUCAGAUUGGAAGAUAAGACUACAGGGGAGCUGUAUGCCAGGGCGUUUCUCAGAGAAGGUGAACCACACCCCGUGGAACCUGUAAUUGAUAGCAGCAGAUAUUUUGUGCUCCGCGUCGAAGAGAAUAUAGAUGGACGACAGCGUCAUGCUUUUAUCGGUUUAGGCUUCCGUGAAAGACCUGAAGCAUAUGACUUCCAAGCUGCCCUACAUGACCAUAUGAAAUAUCUAAACAAGAAGAAGACUGCUGAAGAGAUGGUACAGCAUUAUGAGAAGACAUCAUCUGUUGAUUACAGUCUCAAAGAAGGGGAAACUUUGGUUCUUCAGCUAAAAAAUAAAGAAACUGGCACCAAGACAAAAUCUGCAUUUUUUGAGCAAGGCCUAAACAAGCUCUCAAUGAAUGAAAAGGCAAAUUCCAAGGAGGCCCCAGUCUCCCUUAAACUCCCCCCACCUCCACCUUCACCCGUCUCUCCAACCGAUUCUGGAGUUGCCGCUUCUCCUUUCAAAGCAGAAUUUCCUCCCCAAGAACAACCAGCAGCUGAUACCGUCGGCACAGUUGGUGCCCCCCCUGCCACAGCAGAGGUUGCUCCCGAGCAACCAGCUGCAGCAGAGAAGAUCGAUCAAGAAAUUGAGGAUGACGACUUUGGGGACUUUCAGGCUGCCGGAUGAAUCUUGUAUCUUGUACAUACUUCGUGUUACUCAGACUGUAUCUUUUCUAUUCCUUUUCUUUUCAAACAGUUAUGACUUUUGCCGGCACUCGUGUUGCUGUAUAGAGAGCUACCAUUUUAUAAGCUAUACGCAUACAUGGAAAAAAACGAUGUACCUUUUAUGUUGCAGUAGCA